UUUUUGUUUGGCGUUAAGUGCAGUAGUGUGGAGUCUAUCUAUGCAUUGAUAUAUCAAUUGUUAUUUUUUUGGUCUCAAAAAAAACUGUCCGACAAUUAGCGAAACAAAUGGCCAACAAAUUGGGUGAUCUCUUGGGUCGCUUCGGAAAAGGUCCGUCGGGUGUCGGUCUCGGUAUUAAACUUCUGGUGGCCGCCGGAGGACUCGGUUAUGCGGCCACACAAUCAGUUUAUACCGUCGAUGGCGGUCACAGAGCCAUCAUCUUUAGCCGAAUCGGUGGCAUUCAGAGCGAAAUAUACUCCGAAGGAUUGCAUUUUCGUAUUCCGUGGUUUCAAUGGCCAAUUGUCUACGAUAUCCGUUCGCGACCGCGAAAGAUAUCGUCGCCGACCGGUAGCAAAGAUCUUCAAAUGGUUAACAUAACGCUUCGUGUGUUGGCCCGACCGGACGCGUCACAGUUGCCGCAUAUCUAUCGUGUUUUGGGAACCGAUUACGACGAACGAGUGUUGCCCUCCAUUUGCAAUGAAGUACUCAAGAGUGUGGUCGCAAAGUUUAACGCCUCGCAGCUGAUAACACAGCGACAACAGGUUUCGCUUAUGGUUCGCAAAGAGCUGAUCGAUAGAGCCCAUGAUUUUCAUCUGAUUUUGGAUGACGUCUCGCUCACGGAAUUGAGUUUUAGUAAAGAAUAUUCGGCUGCCGUUGAGGCCAAACAAGUGGCACAACAGGAGGCACAGAGAGCCGCCUUUACCGUAGAACAGGCUAAACAAGAGAGACAGCAGAAGAUAGUACAGGCAGAGGGAGAGGCAGAAGCAGCCAAAAUGUUGGGUGAAUCUAUAUCCAGAAAUCCAGGUUACUUGAAGCUCAGGAAGAUUAGGGCCGCCCAACAAAUUUCAAAAACGAUUGCUCAGUCCCAGAAUCGUGUUUACCUGAACUCCAGUUCACUAAUGUUGAACAUUGCCGACAAAGACUUUGACAUAACUAAGGAUACCAUUCAAAAGGGAAAACAUUAAUUGUCACGGCUUUCAACCCGUAGAUAAUCAUCUGAUAGUUUUAGUAAACAAAUAUAAAUUUUAUUAAAAAUUAAUAGUUUGAUAUUUGAUUAACAACAACAUUAUUAUUAUUAUAUAAAAAUGAUUUUGUUUCCAAAAAAAAUCGUGCAUUUUAUUCAAACUAUUUUUUGUGGCUU